GUUUAAAGGGUUCCAGCAACAGGACAGUCAGGAGCUGUUGCACCAUUUGUUGGAUGCAGUGAGGACAGAGGAGACAAAGAGGAUACAAGCAAGCAUUCUAAAAGCAUUUAACAACCCAACUACUAAGACUGCUGAUGAUGAAACUAGAAAAAAAGUCAAAGGUCUCCACCAUGAAGGACCCCUUCAUUGAUAUUUCCCUUCCUAUCAUAGAGGAAAGGGUUUCAAAACCUGUACUUUUGGGAAAAAUGAAUAAAUGCAGAAGUUUACAGGAGACAGACCGAGAUCAUAACAAUGGCACUGUUACUGUAGAAAAUACCCAUCACUCCAGAACUGCCAAGAAGCAUUCCUCACCUAAAGAGAAGAAUCCACUGAGUCAUGACAGAAAACCUUUAAGAGAAUUGCCACCUGGAGAAGAGAGAACUGUUGUAAAGCAUCAGAAGGAUGAAAACUUUGAAGGGAGCCAGUUUGCCAGCAUCGUGAGUACCGAAUCGUCACUGAACGAGAGCCCCACCGACGGCAGUGAGAAGGAAGCCGGCCUUUCCGAAAGCAGUGUCGAUGCCGACAGCGAAGCCUCUGAAUCCGAGAGCACGUCCCAGCAAACCGUGCUGUUCCGACCCGGUGGCGAUCCCUGCGGGCACACAGAUCAGCACCCGCACCUCUCAUUGGCAAGUGAAUUGCCACACACCACGGAGACUCACAGUGUUGACGAGGAAAUGGCUGAAGCGGUUGCUGAACUUCAUUUGGGCAGCCCUGUGAUUGGAAAUAGAGAUUUUGACAGGGAAAAACAUCCACUAAAUGUCCCCAAUAAUUUGUGUUUUUCAGAGGGAAAACAUAUGAGGUUUCAUAGCGCCCAAAAUGCUUUUCAGACUCUUUCUCAGAGCUAUGUAACGACUUCUAAAGAGUGCUCCGUGCAGUCCUGUCUCUACCAGUUCACGUCCAUGGAGCUGCUAAUGGGCAACAAUAAGCUGCUGUGUGAGGGCUGCACCGAGAAGAGGCAGCAGUGCCAGAGGGAAGCCAGCUCUGCAGAAAAGAAAGCAGGAGGAGUUUAUACUAAUGCCAGGAAGCAACUACUUAUAUCAGCUGUACCAGCUAUCCUAAUUCUUCAUCUUAAAAGAUUCCACCAGGCUGGCUUGAGUCUUCGUAAAGUGAACAGACACGUAGAUUUUCCACUCACCCUUGACUUAGCACCGUUCUGUGCUGCAGCCUGUAAGAAUAUAAGUGUGGGAGAGAAAGUUCUCUAUGGUCUCUACGGUAUAGUGGAACACAGCGGCUCAAUGAGAGGAGGCCAUUACACUGCUUACGUGAAAGUGAGAGUGCCCUCUAGGAAAUUAUCUGAAUAUAUUACUGGGAGGAAAACUGUACCAGGUUUGAAAGAACCUGAUAGUGAAUUGGGAGGCCAUUGGGUCCAUGUCAGCGACACUUAUGUGCAGGUGGUUCCAGAGUCAAGAGCACUCAGUGCACAAGCUUAUCUUCUUUUUUAUGAAAGAAUAUUAUAAUCAUCUGUCAACUGUUAUUUAUCUCAUUUUUAUUUUAGUGCUGCAAUGGUAACCAUAUAUGUAAUGUGCCUUUGUGGUCUUAGGAAUAGUGCAUCCUUCCAGUGUUAUUGAACUUACUCAUCACGUGAUGAAUCCUUUGAAAACAAAUUAAUGUAGCAGGCGGUGGUGGCACACGCCUUUGAUCCCAGUAGAGACAGGCUGAUCUCCGUGAG